GUGCGACGCCUCGAGGGGAAAGGCUCCAUGCGAGAGCGGUAAAUCCCCCCUCGGGCAGAAAUCAAGAAACACUCGGCACACAGACGGAGCCUUUGCCUGGCUCCGACGGGUGCCUCGUCGACUGGGCGCUGUCGGGAGUGAAACUCGUUGGGGUUCCGCUUUUUGUCUUCAUUUCAGUCUCCUCCUCUACGAUCGGCCGGUUACACUAAGUGGCCGACUCUGUCGUCCGCCUGACUCAGUCGGCGGCAACUCCGAAACUCUCUUCGUCUUCCAGUCUACGCACACACAGGCACCAAGAUGCGGGCCCUGCUCUUGGCCGCUGUCCUGGCGCUGCUUGUCCUGGCUGACCCGAGCUGGGCGCAACGGAGGAGAGGACAAGGUGGAGGCCGCAACCAGUCCCGCAACCAGUCUCGUGGCCAAGCCCAACAGAGUCAGAGACAGGUAGCCGCGGCCGGACGCCCAAACUCGGACUGUCAAACAUCAUCUGGUCAGCCGGGCGUCUGUCAAGCCCUGAGCCACUGCGUGUUCCAGUUCAACGCGAUCGAGGACAUCGCAAGCUCUCCUUGCGGCGUGGGGCCUCACGUUUGCUGUCCUCUCGACACACCAGCAGCAUCGGGACAGAGUCCUGUAAGUCGACCCGUGACUGUGAUUGGACGAAGAGUAGCUGUGCCAAAAAUCUCCCAGGACGAUUUAGACAUCGCUGGAAGAGCAAGUCUGAGUGUCGUCCGUGGAAUCGAAGACGCCGAGAGAGCUUUGCUGAAUGACGGACUUUUCGCCAAGCGGCAUACGACUGCGUCGCUGCACGCUGCCUUCUUCGGUUCCAAGCCAAUUGUACAGUCUCUCGGCAGGGACGGCCUCAUCGGCCUGGAAGCCACGCGAGAGCUCGCUCGCAGAUUCAACCUGGACUCUACACAGGGCCGAGACGGUCUUCAGAGGUUCAAUAUCCAGAACACGGUAAUCGCCGACGCUUGCCCAAAGAUUCCUCGUUGCCCGUCUACAAAGUACCGUUCUCCUGAUGGUCUCUGCAACAACCUGCGAAAUCGCGAGUGGGGCAAGUCGCUGACGGCCUUUGAGAGGUUCAUGCCCCCUAACUAUGCCGAUGGGCUGACGCUCCCACGAGUCAGCAUCGAUGGGAACCCGCUUCCCAACCCGAGAACGGUCUCCGUCGCGGCGGAUCCCGACGCCGAUUUCCCAAACCAAAGAAACACACUCAUGCUCAUGCAGUUCGCCCAGUUCGUCGACCACGACCUCACCUUGACGGGAGUGUCGCGAUUCCGCAACGGUUCGGCCAUCACCUGCUGCGACGAGGAGCUGAUCGCGAACCCGACCAAGCGUCACUACGCUUGCAUGCCGAUCGAUCUGCCUGCCGAUGACCACUUCUACGCUCAGUUUCAGCUGCGAUGCCUCGAGUUCGUGCGUUCCGUGCCCGCACCAAGGCCCAAGUGUACCUUGGGACCUCGUGAGCAGCUGAACCAACUGACAGCUUACAUGGACGCGUCAAACAUUUACGGUUCCACGGAAGAAGAGGCGAAAUCUCUGCGAAGCUUCAGAGAUGGACGCCUGGCUUCCACCUUCUUUAGCAGGGACGAGCUUCUGCCACGACAGACAGACAGCACGCAGGAGUGCAACGAGCAAGGCACGGACUUCAUCUGCUUCCGAGCAGGCGACGAGCGCGUGAAUGAGCAGUUGAGCUUGACGGCGAUGCACACGUUGUGGCUUCGCGAGCACAACCGCGUGGCUGCCGAGCUUCACCGGCUGAACCCGGGCUGGAAGGACGAGAUCCUCUACCAGGAGGCUCGGCGCAUUGUGGCCGCCGAGUUCCAGCACAUUGCCUUCAACGAGUUCCUGCCCAUCCUGCUAGGCCGAAACGUCAUGGAACAGUUCGACCUGCUGUUGACACCUUACGGAUACAGCCACAGCUACGACCCAGAACUGAAUGCCGGUAUCGGCAACGUGUUUGCUGCCGCCGCCUACCGGUAUGGACACACACUCGUGCAGGGAAACAUCGAGCUGAUCAACGAGGAUGGCUCCGUACACAAGCGGAUCCCAUUGGCGACGCAAUUCUUCAACCCCGCAGAAAUUUACGCGCCCGGAAACCUCGAUCGGUUCUAUCGUGGUCUCAUCAGCCAGCCGGCUCAGACCUACGAUCGCUUUGUCACCGAGCAGUUGACGAACCACCUGUACGAGCCUCUGGGCCAAGGUUUCGGCAUGGACCUUGUGGCUCUGAACAUCCAGCGAGGCCGCGACCACGGUAUACCCAGCUACAACGACUGGCGAGAGUACUGCGGCAUGGCGAAAAUCACCGAUUUCUCGCAACUCGCCGAGAUCAUGACACCUGAGUCGGCGCAAGCAUUCGCACGAGUCUACAGAUACCCCGAUGACAUCGACCUGUUCCCUGCGGGUGUGAACGAGCGAUCGGUGCCCGGUGGCACUCUGGGUCCUACUUUCGCCUGUAUUGUUGGUGAGCAGUUCCGAAGAAUGAAGAACGGAGACCGUUUCUGGUACGAGAAUGGAGGACUGGAGUCGUCUUUCAACGAAGUUCAAGUUGAGCAAAUCCGCAAAGCAAGCUUGGCCCGCAUCAUUUGUGAUAACACAAACCUGCAAUACGUACAACCCCUCGCCAUGAUCAGGGAAGCAAACUGGAAUCCUAAGGUCGACUGCAACGGCCAGGACAUCCCACGGGUCGACCUUGACAACUGGCAGAACGAGCCCGUCUGGACGUAGACAUUCCGCCACCGCCAUGUGCCAAGAGUCAGUGCGGCAUGCACCCUUCCUUUCUGCGCUACCGCGGUGCCCUCAUGUUUCAUACAGCGUCUCUUAACCGUGUUUCUCGUGCUGUUCAAAUGUGACCUGUGUCGUAAAGUGUUCAUUAAACUAAAUGCCAAAACGAAAAAAAAAA